GAUUUCAUGCUGGAUCAUCAGUGAUACCAAAGCUUUGCAGUCGGCUUAGUCUGGAGGAUACAGGAGUUGAAGUACAUUCGGCAUUCAAUAUGCAGCGAUUCGUUCUACUAGCCAUCGUGGGAUUCUAUCUCGCCGCCUACGCCACGGCCGAUGAUCUCCACCUUGGAGAGCGUGAGGAUGGAGACGUUCUCGUGGAGAGCAGACGUUUGUUCAGGUUCCCCGUUCCUGGGAAAUCUAUGGUUGCUAAGUCAGGGUUCAGUACCGAGGGCAGAAUUACCGCAGUAUCAGCCGUGAACGCCCCAGGGAAGGCAGCAACGAUCAACGUGGUCAAAGGAGGCGUUGGUACCAGCACCAUCGUAGUUUCAGCCGUUGGUGAAUUGGGUACUGGAUUGGAUGUACAGCUUGACGUUUAUGCCAUAGAAGAUAAAGCCGCGAACGCGCAUAACAAAGCUAUUUCGUUUUGAAGUACGAAGUGGUUUUGGAUGAUAACUAAUUUCAGUAGAUUGAUGCAUGUAUUCUGUAGAACUGAAAAAAUUGUGCAGUGACAAACUGUUCCACUUUCUUUACACAUAUUAACGACCACAAUAAAUCACGUUGGCAUUU